CCUUCUUGACAGACGGAAUCGGCACGAACAGAGCUGCAGGCCUACCUCUUGAGGAUCAACAGGAUGGCCUAGAUGGCAGGAUGGUAACUUUUUGUUUCUUUUUUUGUAGCAGAGGAUAUUGGUCAAACUGUGUUCCGUCGCCAGGUUUGUCGGAAAUAACAGCAGACCCAAUCGAGUGCGCCGAGGACAUUCAACAAGAUCAGGUGGCGUCUUGUACGUGCGGCUCCUUUCCACUUUGUGCGGGCCGCAUUCGCAUUUUUGUUAUCUUCCCCCUUCUCUCCCGAACAUUCCUUGGACCACUACCAUCAACUUCCCCGUGAAAGCGGAAUUGAUUUCCCUCGCAAGUGGCCUAUCUAGCGUGCUCAGAUCAAGUUUUAGCUUGAGUUCAAGCGCCAUGGUUCUGACUUGGGACAAAAGAUGGAGCAGAACAUUUGCCAUUUUGACGUCUUUUGCGUCUCUGC